AUGGCAUCGAAUUACCUAGUCAACGUUCCCAAACUGAAAGGCAGAGAAAAUUACUCAGAAUGGGUUUUCGCAGCAGAGAAUUUUCUAGUCCUGGAGGAUAUGGCGUACGUCACGCAGAUCGUCGAGACAGGUCAAAAGUUGAGCGGGACAGGUUUUAAAAUAAGUGACGAGUGGAUCGGCUGUCUUUUACUAGCUGGAUUGACGGAGAAAUUCAUGCCGAUGAUCAUGGCCAUUGAGCAUUCAGGUAUCCAAAUAACAACGGACGCCAUUAGAACCAAGCUGAUGGAUAUGGAAACGGAAGUGGGUUCUCAAUCCAGUGAAAUUGGUGGGGCAUUUGCAAGUGGCGCGCAGAAGUGGCAACCUAAGAAAAAUAAAAAUGUGUCAGCCGGUGCGCAAAGUCAAGCUAAGUCAAAUGUCAGUGUCAGUGGUGGUGCCAAAAGUCAUGUCAAAUGUUACCGGUGUAAACAAACGGGUCACUACAAGAAUCAAUGCCCAAAUAAUGAUAAUUCAAGUAAUCAUUCGAAAGAAUUGCAACGUAAACAGAGUAAUGCAUUCAGUGUAGUAUUUUUGAGUGGCCAAUUCAACAAGUACGACUGGUACAUCGACUCUGGCGCGAGUAUGCACUUGACGGCCAAUGAAAAGUGGAUAAAGGAUGCAACAUACCACGAUAUGCGGGAGAUAUGUGUUGCAAACAACGAGAAACUUCAAGUAUUAUGUUCCGGCGACGUAAAUAUUGUGACUAAAACUGAUCAAUUUGAAUAUGAGAUACCAGUGAAAGAUGUUAUGUGUGCUCCAGGAUUGACAACAAAUUUAUUGUCAGUAAGCCAAUUGAUCGAGACUGGUAACAGAGUUCAAUUUACGUCAGAAGGCUGUAACGUGUUCAACAGAAAUAAUGAAAUGGUGGCUAUGGCUGUGCUCAGUAACGGAGUGUACAGGGUGAGACUUGCUGACAGUGAAGUGACAAGUUUAGCAGUGUCAGGAGAUGUCUGGCACAGAAGACUAGGCCAUGUCAAUAGCACUUAUUUAAAUAAAAUGUCAAUUGCUUUGGAAGGAAUGGAUCUCCAAGAAAAAGUUGACAUAAAUAAGUCAUCUUGUCCUGUAUGCUGUGAGGGCAAACAGUGUCGUCUGCCAUUCCCAAGUGGUUCUAGAUGCAAUGAGUUGCUAGGUUUGGUACACACUGACAUUUGUGGACCAAUGGAGCAUGAAUCGUUGGGAGGCUCGAGCGAUAAUGGGUGUGAGUACUGCAAUAAGGAAUUUGACUCACUUCUCAAGAAUGAAGGUAUUAUACACCAAAGAAGUAAUCCGUACACACCCGAGCAGAAUGGUGUAUCGGAACUGAAUAAUCGUACUGUGGUGGAAAAAGCAAGAUGCUUAUUGUUUGAUGCGAAGUUAGGGAAAGAGUUCUGGGCAGAGGCGACACAUACUGCUGUGUACCUACAGAAUAGAACAGUACUUCCAUCAUUGAAUGAUAAGACUCCAUAUGAAGUCUGGUUUGGUCAUAAACCAAAUGUGAGCCAUCUCAGGAUCUUCGGUAGCAGUGUGAUGGUACAUGUGGCAAAGGCAAGACGUCAGAAAUGGGACAAGAAAGCUGAAAAACACAUUCUUGUCGGAUAUCCUGAUGGUAUCAAAGGAUACAGGAUAUAUAAUCCAAGGACAAAGUGUAUCACAACUAGCCGAGAGGUCAUUGUCAUGGAAAAGGAUAAACAUCCAGAUAUCACUAUCCCAGUUAUUGAGAGUGAGAGAAAAGAAAACUCAUGUUCAGUGGGAGACAUAGAGGAUAAGGAGGUAUCAACCUUAGAAAAUGUCACCAGUGCGGAUGAAACCACAAUAACUGAUGAAACACUAGGUUUAUUGGAUGAAGACUAUAUAUCAAGUGAUUACGAAGAUGCUUCUGAUUUGCCGAAGAAAGAGGCUUUACAAGGAGAAGAAAAGGACCAGUGGUUGUCAGCGGUAAAAGAAGAACUUCAGUGUUUUAAGGACAACAAUGCUUGGGAGUUGGUAAAUAGGCCUAUGAAUGGUGAAACUAUAGUGAAGUGCAAGUGGGUUCUUAAAAAGAAGUGUGAUUCAGAAAAUAAUGUGCGUUAUAGAGCUAGGCUUGUAGCUAAGGGGUGUUCUCAAAAGUACGGAGUGGACUACAGUGAAACUUUUUCCCCUGUUGUGCGGCAUACAACACUUAGAUUACUUUUUGCAUUGUCAGUACAGUUGAAUCUAGAAGUUACUCACCUUGAUGUAAAAACCGCUUUCUUGAAUGGGGACCUGGCUGAGACAAUAUAUAUGCAGAAACCGGCUGGUUAUGCCUGUUCAGAUAAUAGUAAGGUGCUUAAAUUAAAAAAGGCUAUAUAUGGUCUCAAGCAGGCAUCCCGGGCUUGGCAUAAGAAGGUAGAUUCUUGUAUGUUAGUUGAUGGUUAUAUAAAGUCAAAAAUGGAGCCAUGUUUGUAUAUUAAAAUUGUUGGUAAUAGAAAAACUAUUGUAGCUCUGUAUGUAGUUACAAUGUCACACAUAUACCCAGAACGCACCAUAAGCGUUAAUGCAAUCACUACAAUGAAUGCUUAG